AGGUGAUGGACCGCCGUCCUUCGGAUUUUCCGCUGCUUCGUAGCAGUCCACAUCCUGACUUCGAGCCGUCUGCACCGAGUCCGGAAUCGGUAGCUGCUUCGCCAAUGCUGAUCUCCUCUAGAACCUCGGAAUGCGGUGAUCCUCCCAUAGAGAGUGAUGAGGUAAGUGAGGGAUACGGCAUAUCGGACAGCGGUGAAACAAGCCGCCGUUCGACUAUCAGCAGGAUGGACAUGGUUGAACUUAGCCGUGAUCUCGAGGUGAAAAAUAAGUAUCCGGAGCUGUACCAAAUGAUCAUUGCCCAACGACGAAUUGGCUCGACGGAAAAUCGCGAUUCUGCUGCCACUGUCCACGGUCGUGACGGUUCCAAAGAUGAUGAUUCGAAACAGCUUUUGUAUGCUGAAGCCGUGGAACUAUUGAAGAGAUGUCGCAGACAAGAGCGUCAACUAAGAGAGAUGCAAAAGAAUUACGACAAUCUGCUUAGCGUUAACAAGCAGAUCAAGGAAACUUACGUGAAGAUAUACGCUAAGGCAGAGCAGGAAGAAGAAUACAUUUCUAAUAUAUUGCUGAAACGGAUUCAGAAGCUCAAAAAUGACAAGGAACAUCUGGCACAGAAAUACGAGCAGGAGGAGGAAUUUCUCACUAAUGAUCUGAUGAGGAAAAUAAAGCAGUUGCAAUCCGAGCGUGACAUCCUGGAGGGCAACGUCAAAAGCGAGCAAGCUAGUGUGAUCGACAGUCUGCUCACCACCAUCCGUCGCAUGGAAAGUGAGAUGGCUGCAGGACGGAAAAAUAUGGAUCGAAUGCGUAAAGAAAAAAUUGAUCAGGAAAAUGCGCUCGAGAAUGAGCAGGAAUUGUUGUUCAAUACUUUGGGAAAACAAAUGGACCAGCUCAAUCAGGAGAAAAGAAAAAUGCAAGCGAGCCUACAGAAAGCCUAUCUGAAUGGUUUCAUCGAGCCUGAUGAUGAAGUUGUUGGCGCUCUUAUCAAUCAGAGCGAUGCCAACGAAAGUGCGCGUAUGGAUAGUGGUGGGAAUCGAAACGGAACGGAAGUGGCUAGGCUGAGAUCGCAUCUGAGGCGAGUGGAAAUCCAGCUGACGGAAAUGAGGGAAAGAGAUGCGAACAAGGCGGCACAAAUUCGCCAGUUGGAAGAUGUGAUUAGCACUUUGCGCAAGGAGAAAAACGAAAUGUCAAGGAACAUCGAGGUGGCUGUGUCGCGAUUUUCGACCAAAAUGGAUUCAAUGACAUCAUUGAUUCGUCCGGAUCUUAUGGGACCUCCAUGCAUUCCCCAGCAUUCGUCUUCGCGUCACGCUGAUGGCAACGUUUCUGACAUGGAUGAUAGCAGCUCGCGUGGUUCGUUGUCGCAAUCCGAUUUCAGCAUGACAUAAAUCUGCAUCGAGCUCCAGCGUUUAUUCUAAUAAUAUGGCUUUAUAUUGAUUUGUGCUCGAUUAUGCUUCUUGCUCUUCAUUUCGUUCUGUCUUCUGUUCUUUCUGCCCAUCACUUCAAUUAGACAUUCCUGAAUUGAGUCCAAGUAGUCAUGCUUUUGUCCGCAAUGUAUGUAACUCCUGUUUCUCUCCUGUAUGCUCAGCUGCUAUUUGCCUACCGACAUUUCGCUGGGUCUGCGGUCGUGAAUACGCGUUUCUUGUGGGUAUUUCACCACAAAUUUUCAUCUCAUCUUCUCGCUUGCGGUGUUAGGGUGCAUCGCUGUUUGCUCUUAAAAAGCUGCCCACGUUUCGCGUAAUGUCCUGCCGGAAUAUUCUAGGCCCGUCAUAACUGGUUUACGAGAAAUAUCACCAUUUCAAACGGGAUUUUAUUUUCUGCUUGCUGUAGUGAUAGUAGAAAUAAAUGUGUAAGCUGCCUAUACCUAAUUCGCGGUAAAUCAGUCUCUGUGCUGCGCUCAUUGUUGCGGAAUAGUUGCUUGCAUCGUUCCACUGUUUCAGCCUGGUGUAGUCGAUCCCCAAAAGCUUCGCUUUCGCUGCAAAUUUUUUAUGUACAUUAGUGCGUUCACCGGUUACCUUUACUGCGGUAUCUGUACCAGUCCGCUUUGAAUUUAAAUCUUUCCGCGUGGUACCUUUUCUUAUGUCCGUACGUGUUCCGUAUGAAGUUUACUGUUUACUCAUCCAGUCAUUUUGCGUGGAUUCAUAUUCUCUCCGGCACAUCAUCGUUUAAGAUUAUGUGAUCCCAAUUGCGGGCUGUAUUGAGUUGCAAAAUACGGUUUUAUUCGUUUUUUACUCCCGUGUGGAUGUUGUUUAUUUCAUGUGGUUAUAUACUUAUUUGAAGUCGCUUUUUGAUGUUUUCUUGUCGUUUUCUUUGGUAUAAAGUCAGUUGACGUUUA